GCCGGGGUGGAGUCAGCAGCAGUUCCCAGCCUCACUUACACAGUCCGUGAGCUCAGCACUGUGAUUUCUCUGCUCUGCGGCUUCACUUCGGCUGCCGGAGAGGUUUUUUUUUAUCAGAGGAAAGUUGAAUGAAAACAGACCACGUUUAGGAUUAUUUACCCAGACAUUUUCAUUUUCAUUCCUCCAUACCGUCGGGCGAUAGGACAAACGGCAGCAUGGGAGUUUAUGAAGAGAAAAAAGAAACAUGUGGAACCAUCUGCCUGAAAUACCUCCUGUUUACUUUCAACUUUCUCUUUUGGUUGGCAGGGGGCGUUGUGAUGGCGGUGGGUGUUUGGACCUUGGUUGAGAAGAGCGACUACAUCAGCCUUCUCUCCUCCAAGACCUAUGCUGCCUCCGCCUACAUACUGGUCCUGGCUGGAGCCAUCGUCAUGGUAACAGGCGUGCUGGGCUGCUGCGCCACCUUCAAGGAGCAGAGGAGACUGCUGCGAGUGUACUUUGUCCUGCUGCUGUGUAUCUUCCUGUUGGAGAUCCUGGCUGGUGUCCUGGCGUACAUCUACUACCAGCAGUUGAAUGAGGAGCUGAAGCAGAACCUGAGGGAGACCAUGAUCAACAAGUAUCAACAGAAGGACCAUGAACACAUCACCAGGGCUGUGGACAAGCUGCAGCAGGAGUUCAAGUGCUGUGGGAGCAACAGUUCAUCCGACUGGGCCACGAGCAUCUGGAUCCGCUCCAGCGAGUCAGCCCACAGGGUGGUGCCUGACAGCUGCUGUAAGACUCCCACAGAGUUAUGUGGCAUCAGGGACCACCCCUCGAACAUCUACAAGGUGGAGGGUGGCUGCAUUAGCAAACUGGAGAAAUUCAUCCUGGACCACCUGAAGAUCAUUGGAGCAGUGGGUGUUGGGAUUGCCUGUGUACAGAUCAUAGGAAUGGUGUUUACAUGCUGCCUAUAUCGAAGUCUAAAGGCAGAGCCGUACUAAGAGAAGCAAAAGAAGUAAAAUGUUGGUGAAGGAGGUAAUUUUGUCGCCACAUGCCAUACUCAAAUAGCCCAUAGGUUCUUUUCUUUGCCGUGUGCACAGGGGGAAGGAAAAUUUGGCAAGGGAUCAAAUUGCACAUCAGAGGAUCUCAUUUUGGUAAACAAAGGGUGGAAAAACACUACAAGGUUUCUUGAAGUAAUUAGGCACUUAAAUUGCAGUCUCAGCUACAUCUUUAAGAUCACAGCGCUGUGAGAAAAAAGCCUCUGAGAGAAACUGAUGAGAAUUGUAACUCGGAUUGGUUUAAAUUAGUGUGGGACAGCCUCCUUGGGACCAAAACAUUGUAGUUUUCUUCCACUCUGAUUCCCUCAAUGUACAUUUAUGUGUGCCGACCAGGUGCUACACCUAAGAGUGGUGUAAAGAUCAGUGGAGUAAAACUGGCACUUUGCAGAAAAUGUUAAUCCUGGUCGCAGCAGCAGCAGCAGCAGCAGCUUCUCUUUCCCAGCAGCACGGUUUAACAAGCCCACCUCUGGGGCCCUCUUCUACUGCAACAGCAUUUUGUUUCCACAUUAACUAGCCAGUCAUGCUUUCUAAAUCUUUGUUCGAUAGCGGCCUUUUAAACUUUUGAACUGUUAGUUUUUUUUUAUCAUAUUUUUUAAAUGAUGAUUUUCUGUAACACCUGAGGUGCUUUCUUAUGAACUAUUAUUUUUGCUUUUAAUGCCUGAUAAGUCUUCAUAGUGACAUGUCAGUGAUUGCUCAUAUUUUAAUCAAACUUAAGAAAGAACACAUUAUCACAUCACAUUAUUAUGCCAUUUGAGUAACGCCAGCAUUUUAACCCUGUAUUGCUACUCUGCGGUGUAAAGGCUGAUAUUAAUGAAGUGAUUCUAUGAUUAUGUUAAUGAUGCAUACAAGCAGUGCCAAUAAUAUUUCUCAUAAGAAAGUGCCUCAUGUUUUCAAUUUUAUUGUCUCCUUUUCUUAUACGAGGGAUUUAUCCACCGAUGCCAAAGUUGUCACCUGUAACUUUUUGGACCUACUGUAUCUCUUCCAGCUUUAUUCACUUGUCUACUGAUGUCUCUCUUUUUUAGAUUUGUUUUCUUAAAUGAAGAUUUUGUUUACUUUUCAAUAGACCAUAAAUAUAUAAUUGUAUUUAACAAACACGUGGUAGAAAAUAAUAGUUUCUCACUGUUCGGUUAUGAUCUUUUCCUGUGUGCCUCAAAGACAACACUGAAUUAAUCUACUGUAUUUUCGUCUUUGUGAUAAUCCAGGAAUUAUUUUAGUUUGAAUAAACUGAUUGAUCAACAAUA